AUGUCGGUCAACGAAAGGAACGCCGAUCCACUUCCACCACGGGAACCGGGGGUUGAGGAAGUAGGGCCUGCUCUCAUGAAGCUCCUAUCGUCCUCAAUACAAGCUCUCUGGGAUCAAAGCGAGCAGUCCGAUUUGAACAGAAUACCUUGGAACCGGCUUCUUGCGAUAAGCAAGUAUUGCUGUUCGAUCUACGGCCUAUCGUGCUUGGUGAUGGCGUUGGUGUUGAACCGAACUUUGGUGAUGGCUUCAACGAACAACAUCCACAAUCAGCGAGUUGCAAUCAAUCGUCAGCGACAAUUGACACGCCCGGGGAACUUGCUCGCCGCGUAUAAGCUGGCUACUACCCUCAAGCGUGUCAGCACGCUAUGCUUUAGGUUGGGGAUAAUUGCGCUCUUGAUUUGCCAGCUCAUGAACGUUUUGGUGGCUUUGAAAUUGAAUCAAUCCCUCGGGCUUGCGCAGACGUCGUGCAUUGGGUGGUUCUACAGGUUGAUACCAGCGCGGUUCUUUUCGUACGACCCCCAGUAUUUCGACAACCAAAAGUAUAUGAAAACACCCGCAAAACAGGUCAUGAUCGGCCCCACGAGUGACAUGUACUGGCCGAUUUUCUUGACAUUCUGCCUCCUGUCGUUUAUUGAAACGUUCAUUGCAUCGAUUCAGGGCCAGAAGCCGUUUACUGAAAGCGGGAUAACGAUAUUUGAGCAUUCAUUGGCAUUUCAAGAAUUUAGCAGUAAUGCUGCCUUCUUUUUCAGCAAUUCUUACAAUUACAAGCGACCCACCGAAGAAGUUUUAAUGACAUCGCUAUUUCUGAUUUUGAACCAUUUGAAUAUCCAUGUUGGCGCAAUAUUGAACGGCAAUCGCCUUCGCUUGAUCCCGCUGAGCGUGAUGGGUCUCGGAUUCCUAGCCUAUUUUGUCAACUCCAUUGCACACGAACGGCUUAUUCAGUUCCCGUACAUUUUGAUUUUGACGUUGGCCCCGCAAAUUUUAAUCAUAUUUAUCGUGUUGGUGAGUGGCAUCAUUUUCCUCACAGCUGCAGCCGUCAACGGCUUCCAGUUCCAAGGGCUCAACUAUGCCAGUUUCUUUACGAGCGAAGAAGGCAGCACGGAUGACGCUGGCGUGAACGAGGUCACCGUGGGGCAGGAGCAAGAACUGCCGCUUUCAAGCUUCAACAUAAAUUUGACCGAUGACUUUUACACCGCGUUGUUGAACUUGGGAGUCUUGGCGAUCACUCUGGCUGGAAAAUCUAGUUACAUCACCGAGUUGAGUCUCGUGACACUAGAUACCGAUACCUGGAUCGAGCGCAGCAUAUGGCAGGAAAUCAAGAGCUUUGCGCUGAUGAACUCGAACUCGCCCGAUGCCGAAUUGGGCCCGUGCUUGGACAGAAUCCAAGUGUUGGGCUACAACAACAUUGUCAGUAAACCAGGACUAAAAUUGGUCAGCGCAAAUUCGUCGAGUGGUGCAGAUGGUGGCAAAGACCGGCAACUGACUUCAGGAAGCGUGUUCAAGAGACGGCGCACCAUGUGCAAGAAAAUACUCGUGGAGUUUGGCCAGCUUAUUUACGGUAUCCUUGUUGAUAAGAUCUUUUUCAACUCGGUGCAUUUGAUGCUUCGAACCACGGGCAUUAAAGCGAGAGGAGUGAGUGCGAAACAUGAUGGCGAAGGAGAAGACGAAGAAGGAGACGAGAUUCAGCGGAGAAGGCAAACCAUGCCGAAAUUCUUGAGAAAGUAUGUCAAGGCAAGAGGCCGUUUGUCGAAUCUUCAAGGCAGUACUACUGCUACUGCUACUACUGCAACUACUGUUACUACCACCACCACUAAUACUGAUACUGCCACAGGUGUCAGUUUGCGCCACUUUACAGCCGAAGAGUUGGAUUCACAGUAUGUGGCUCUUAUAAUGGGAGGAAGAUUUGAAGAAGUGGACGACUCGGAAGAUUUCGUUCCUGAGACAAGAGACGAGCUGGAGGCCGAGUCCGACGCGGAGGAAAUAACUUUCAACCUACUGGACCGGGGCUCGGCCUGCUCGCAACAAGAGCUCGCUCCCGUUUCGCCGCUUCUUGAGCUAUUUGACAGCGAGGGGUUGAAUGAGAUUUUAAACGGGAAUGACUUGCAGAUGACCCAGCGUCGUAUUCAGCAUGGCGGUAGACUAACGAGGUCUCGGUACCAGCAAGUGUACGGUGCCCCCAAUGGGACCAAUUGCUCCAACCAGACCUUCAGCGAGGACGAAGGGCGCAAGUUGAUUGACUUGAUGAUUGAGAGACGGAAGUUGGACAAGAGUUCUAGUGGCAGGGGCAGUGGCAGCGGCGGCGGUGGAGAAAAAGAAGACGACGAAGACGAAGACGACGAAGAGAAUGACAAUUCGAGGUCGCUCGACUGCGUCAUUUGCCAAACAAACAUGCGAGAGAUCAUCACAUGGCCGUGCAAAUGCUUUGCCAUUUGCGAGCCUUGCAGAUUGAGAUUGGUGAGCAAAGGUAUCCAAGGCUGUGUUUGCUGCAGAAGCGAAGUACGAGGCGUGUCCAAGAUAUUUAUUCCCUAG